AUGGAGGACUGCUCCACGUACAUUCUCCCGUGCGACCUGCGCGAGGCUGACCCCAGAAUCCUCCAGUUAGGCACCAUCCUCUUCCGCCCGACCGACACCUACAACGUGACGCAUUUCAGCGCAAAGGACCUUGCCAAGGCCGCAAAGGUAGGGAUACACCAGUACGUCGAGCGCGACGUGCACAUCAUGCAGCCUCUGCUCUUCGACGAGGUCAACUACCUCUUCCCGGUCCACCCGAACCAGCUGGGCAAGUUCAAGGGCGCGCGCGUCCCGCGGUACCGCCUGAACACGAUCGAGGUCGUGCACUUCACCGACCCCCCCGCAGGUAAACAGCUGGCUGCCAUGCUGACGGCGCACCCGGACAUCAAGGACCACCUCAAGGUGCAUCGAGCACCCAUCUACAUGGUCACCGGCAUCAUGCUGGGCUGGGGCGUGCACUUCCGCGCCGAGCCUACCCCGAUGCCGACGAGAACCCUGGAACGAUAUCAGCGGCACGAAAGCAAUCUUCGUGUCGAGCCAGAGGCACAAAACGCUGUGAGUUUUGUUCUCAACCAGUCGCGGCAACACCAGGACAAGGGUCUCCCAAAAGACUUCUUCCAUGUCAGGCAUGGAGAGGACCACACUAUCCCACGGAGCAUGAGUAUCGUCCCGAGGCGCGACACUGACAGAGGCGUCCGCAUGGCGCUCAAACCCGGGCGGGUGCUGUUCGCCUACAAACUCACCAAGAUCGACAUUGGCAAGUGGAUGGGCACCACCGCGAAACCCUCGGCGGAUCCAGUCCUGACCAGGCAGGGCUACAUGGUCCGCUACCGGGACUUUCCUACUGGGCAUAUAUACCACGACCGUGUUGAGGAGCCCAAGUUGACCAACUUUGACUGCGUUUACGGCGGCUGGUGA